UUUCGUAAAGUUCCUACGUUUGGGUGCGAUACAAUUCAGCAAUUCUGCAACGAUGUAUCUGGAUUGAAACAACUGGCCAUGCAUGAUUAUGAAGAUAUAUUACAGUGUAUUGCUCCUGUCAUUGAGGGGCUUUUGCCAGCUCCUCACAAUGAGAUCAUUCUUGAUUUGGUCUUCAAACUGGUGACGUGGCAAGCCUUUGCGAAGCUGCGACUGCAUACAGACGAGACAUUGAAGACCAUUCGCUUGUCGACCAAACAACUUAGCAAAAUUGUGCGCAAAUUUUGUAGGACGACUUGCGAAGCAUAUCACAUGGUUCAACUUCCAAGAGAAGAAGCUGCAAGAGGAUGUAGAGAAGCUGAAAUGCAGGCGAACAAAAGGGCAUCGCAGAUGGAUAGCGUCGCAAGCAUCCAGAAAGGUCCGAAGCUGAAGAAGCUCAAUCUUGAGAUGUACAAGUGGCAUGCGCUUGGCAACUAUGCAACCACAAUUAUGCGCUAUGGCACAACAGACAACUACACAAUGCAGAUCAUAAGUUAUACUGCGCUCAAUGAUGCUAGCACAAAAAUACUAAUGUAA